AUGUGUAUUAUAAAGACUUUACUGGUGAUCUUCCUCAUCACGAUUCUAGUAGACGAAAUCCAAAGUCGUCCAGAAGUUGACUGGUUUGACAGUGUGGCUACACGACUAUUUCGCUCCGGCGAAGUCCACACAGUAUUGAUUAUACAUCAACGUAUUGCAGAUUAUUCUGAUGUAGUGAAGAACGAAUUGUUUGGUAAAAUCAUGGGGACCAUGCCAAGUGUGAUAGUUGAAGUAGACGGUGGAGUUAUUAACUUGAAAGAACAGGAUUUUGGUGUUGUGUCGAAAAAUACUUCUUCUCUUCUGUUCAUAUUCUAUGCAGACUAUUCUGGGGACAAUGUCCAAAUAUAUGAAGUGAUGCAUGCGAUGAAGAAACUAACAGAUUUUUCUGUAAACUAUAUUCUAAUCGUAUUGAGAACAUCAUCGAAUUUGACUAGACCUGUAGAAAAUAUCCUGCAGUAUGCCUGGGACAUAUCAAUGUCGAAUAUCUUGAUUGUCGAGAUUCGUCGGUUAAACUCUGAAAAGCGCACUGUAGCAUCCGCAGAUAAUACAAAAGUUCUCGGUUGCGGAAAGUUGAAAUGUUACGGAGCGAAUGGAAAAUUUAACGAAGCCAACUCAGUCAAACUGAUAAUGCAUCAGUUCAAUUUUUUCAGCAAACAAUUCUUUCACGAAGAAUUUCACAACGGGGUCAAAUUAUUCCCCAAUUUUGCAAAAAAUAUGCACGGAUAUGUAAUGAAAUCACUUGGUAACUACAUCUGGCCACUUCGAUACGGCCAACAUAAAGAUAAAAAAAAAUCAUUCUUCGUCCGCAAGAAAUUCGAACUAUAUGAAGACAUCACGCGAGUACUGAACUUCACUACUACGCAGCAAAUAUUCUUACGAGGCGAAUGGAAGGGCUGGCGUGGCAAUUAUACCUACGGAGCUCUUCUAAGCUACUAUAAUAAAACUGAAAAAGUGGAUAUAAUGGGUCCCUUGUCAUCCAUGUUGUUAUCUGAUUUACACAUAAAACCCUUCAUCCUAGAGGCGAUGAAAGAUCAAGAGCUGAUCAUGGUAAUGCCAACGACGUAUGCAAUAAACCAAGCCCUGAUAAAUAAAGCCCUUGCGAGUACUGUCAUCUCAUUAAUAAUUUUCGCACUAAUUUGGUUGGUAGCGAUUAUUUUGAAUUUCGAUGGAAAAAUUUGGAGCGCAUUUGCCAUUUUUAGUGCGCUGUCGUUAAUGGUAGUGCAUCAUCAGCCCUUGAGAACUAACCAAAGGAUGUUAUUCUUGGCCAUCGUCGUAGUGUCUUUCAUGUACUCCAACGACAUUUACGCUUCAUUGAUAAAUCUCGGUAUUGAUCCUUUUGUGGAAAACGAGUAUGAAACAUUCGAGCAAAUUGAUGAUUCAUGCUCGACACCAAUGAUGCAGUGGUACGAUGUUAACGAUGCUUUCGUGGGAGCAGAUGGGGCUAAAUUGAAUUUGAAAAAGAAACAUGUGAAAGGAACCUUAGUAUCCUGCUUGGAAAAGGCAGUAGAGUAUCGGAAUGUUUGUUGUUUGACAGAUGCAAGAACGAUGUACGCUUCCCGAUUCUGGCUGCGCAGAAACAAUGGCCUACAUCGAUUGAAAGUUGCAAAGCCCAUUUUUGCGUCUCGAACUGAAUGUAUUUGGUUUCGGGAGGGUAUCCCCGGUAAGAGAGAAAUAAUCGAGGUUAUCAAGAGACUUCAAGAGACGGGUUUGUCGAGUGGCUGGUACUCACCAGCUGACAAUCCUUUAUCGUUGCAAACUGACAACCAUAAUCGCAUAGGCGAGAUGGACGAAGAAUCGCGGACUCAAUUGCUCAGAGAACUUAUUCUACUCGGUGUAUUGGGAUAUUCCCUUGCUAUCACCAUUUUCAUUGGAGAACUACUGGUUCAUCGGUUCGGAAGUUCGGCUAAGGGGAAGAUGAAACUGCAUCUACCGGGCGUUCCUGAUAGGAAAAUAGAACGACGAGAAUGGUAG